GAAUUGUGAUUAAAAUAUUUUAUCGUGUUAUUUAUGUAUUUAUCUAGAUGUUAUGUUAGCCUAUAAAUAAAAGGCAACACAUUUAGUCUGAGUCCUACACUCUUUCUCUUUAAAUGUUAUUGUAUUGUGCAGGCUACUCAACAUUACUAAUAUCCCUCUGUGGUGUUUAUUCAAGUGUAAUUUGUUUGUUUAUUAGAUCACAUAAAUUCUAAUGAAACGCUCGCGCAGCUCUCACAAUAACACAAAACUUUUGCGGAGUGUGUGGUUUAUACCUGCUCAGGUGUGGUCUGUUUACAAUUGGAAAGCGAAAUUUCGAUUCGGACGUUUAAAAGGAGGACAACAAUGGAGGAGAAGACACAAGAUCAUCCAACAGCAGCUAAGAACAACCGGAGUAUUGAAGCAGCAGCAGCAGCAGCAGCUUAUCGAGUGGAUCAACCUGUGGAAUCAAUCAUCAGAGACUCGAGAAGACAACAUGAAAGUCCAGCUGCUCCUCCUGAUGUCAGUGUGCAGUGUCAGCUCUGUGCUGAGCUGCAGGUGGAUUAAACACAAGUUUCAGCAUCAUCAUGGAAUCUCUUUGGAUCUGAUCAGAACGAUGGGUGAGAAAAUCCAUAAUGACCAUGAGGACAUCAACCCUAUCCCAUAUGAGCUGAUCAACAACCACAGAAGAGCAGAGACUGAGAAGCAGAUCCUGUUCGUCAUUCAGGCUCUGGUAGAGAUCGCUGGCCUCUUCGACGAUGCCGUCGUCCCCUGGGACGCUACAAAAUUGGAUGAUUUCUUAAACAUCGUCCAUACGCAGAUUGAUGGACUGCGCUCAUGUGGUGAUUACAAGAUGAAGAGGAACAAAAAGCUGCAUCUUUAUUUUGAAAGACAGCAAAUGACAGAGCUGAACAAGGAGGAUGGAGGGAAAAGCUGGGAGAUCAUCAGGAAACGGGUCAUAAGUUUCAUGAACCAGCUGGAGUUUUUCCCCUUCCACACUCAGGUUUAAUGACGGGACCUCUGGAAGCUUCUCUCCAUUGACAGAAGAACACAAAAGCCUUUCAGUGUUAUUAAUCAGUGUUUCCUCCUCUUUUUAUAAUGCUGUCUUACAGUAGAUUGUUUUACAUUUGAAAAAGAGUUAUAUGUUUAUU